AAGAGGUAGCUGUCACGAUGCAUCUAGACAUGUGAACACCUUCCUAGAAAUGACAAACGUCUGCGGUUCAGGACAACCAGCAAGUAACAUAACAAUUUAUCAAGGGAGAACGUUCCUGGUAGUAUCAUGGCGUGAGAAGGGGGUGACAUAAGGUCAGGGAAAGAGACAUGACAUGAUGUAGGCGGAUGAGCUCAUGUUGAAGCCUCUCAGGUCAUGUGCACGGGUCCUACACCUGUUGGUUUGGAAUGGUGGGCCCUGAAACCUCUGAAAGAGAUCUGGGUGGAGCUGCCUUGGCUGCUGGCUAUAAAUCCCUGUGAGAAUUGGGACUGAGAUGGAUAGCUCCUCUCUCUCCACAUUACACACUCAUCAUCCUUCCAUCACCAACACAGCUCCCUGCAGCCUACGGAACUCAAAUUACCCAUCCGAACUUUAUUCCCAGCGUCCGCCACAUCCUGUUUUACAGCCACGGUUUGAAAUAUGGAAUUGGAGAUGGAAAACAAGGUGAAAUGGGCCACGGAGAUCAUUGACCAGAAGCUGGAACUUGAGAAUGAGAUGAUGAAACCUCGUUUUCGGAAGAUUGGCGUGAUUGACAUGGAGUGCAAUGGAUUCAUUGAGGAGAACGUCAAGACCCCACUCAAUCGAAGUAUUGCCAAUUUGAAGGGUGAUGAGCGGGUGAGGAAGACGUCGGUGGACUUGCGGAAGGAAAUUGUGGAUGUUGGUGGGAUCCAGAACCUCAUAGAAAUACGCAAGAGGAGACAGGAGCGCAAGAAAAGGAUGUCACAAGUGGCAGCGCCACCGCCGGAACCAGAACCAGAGGAGAUUACCGGCCCGAUCAAUCCAGAUGUGUACCUGAAGGCCGCUGUAGAAGGCAAGAUGAAUAUAAUCGAGAAGUUCUUGGAGGAUGGAGGUUCUCCAGACACUUGUGAUGAGUUCAAGAGAACAGCUCUGCACAGGGCGGCCAUGGAAGGUCACAUAGAAAUCGUCCAGAAACUCAUAGACAGUGGCUCCUCCGUCAACUUCAGAGACCGGCUGGACAGCACGGCCAUUCACUGGGCCUGCCGCGGGGGCAAGCUGGACGUCAUACAACUUCUGCAGCAAAAUGGGGGCGAUAUCAAUCUGAAAGACAAGGUCCUUAGCACCCCGCUACACGUUGCCACACGUACUGGGCAAGCUGAUAUUGUGGAACAUCUGAUUGCCACAGGGGUGGAUAUAAACUCCAAGGACAGGGAAGGAGACACGGCGCUGCAUGAUGCGGUCAGGCUGAACCGGUACAAAGUUAUCAAAAUGCUGAUAAUACACGGAGCCAACAUGAUGGCGAAAAACGGAGAUGGUAAGACCCCUACAGAACUUGUGCAGCAAUGGCAGGCAGACACCCGGGAAGCGCUGGUGAAACGGACAAACCACGGCUCAGAGAAGCAGGUGUAAUGUGGAGCCCAGUCGUCUACUGUGUUAUUUAUUGCUGCAAUGCAGAUGGUAGGGGCAGUCUGCAUGUGAUUAGCAAGUGCUUCAGAAAAUUAUUUUUUUAAUGCAGAUUGUUUGAUAUAGUGUAUUUAUGUACAGCCAUUUAUUUCCUUGUUAUAUUGUAUGAUUACUGUAAAAACCUUGCUGCUUAGCAUAAUAAAGACAAAAUGUGUAUCUUGUGACCAGAA